AUGUCGCGGCCGCCUCGCGCGCUCCCGCCUCAGCUGUCGCCAGCGGCGGCGGCGGAAACGCUGCGGCGCGUGGCGCGGUUCCUGGAGCGCGCGCUGCCGCUGUGCCGCGCGCACACGGUGGAGUUCUACACGCGCGGGCUGUGGGACCGGCUGGUGGCGCCGCGCCCCGCCGCCGUGCUGGAGGCGCUGCGUUCCGCCGGGCCGCUGGCGUCGCGGCGCCCCCUUGCGGAGGCCUCCGGCGCUGCGGUGGCGCUGUGGGAUGAUGACACGUUUUCCAACGCGUUUUGUGAAAACUCUAACAAGCUUAUCGAUGUACGUUUGUUCGCCCUGGCUGCUAAGGAUUAUUCCUUGUCCAGUCUUGGAGUGUGUACCCCAUUAGAAGAAAUGCUUGAAGCACUGAGAGGAGAGAAUCAAGGAAUGACAGGUAUCAAAACUGAUGAGUUUAUGAAUAAUAAAAAAUCACAUGAAGUGCAGGCAAUGUCAGAGCUGGUAGACAACAUAGCCAGUUAUUGUGGUAUAAAACAGGUGAUUGAUAUAGGUUCUGGAAAAGGCUAUCUGAGUUCAUUUUUGUCCAUGCAGUAUAACUUACAAGUUUAUGGAAUUGACUCUUCAAACAUCAACACUAAUGGUGCUCAUGAAAGGAACAGAAAAUUGAAGAAACACUGGAAAGCAUAUCAGAGACGAGGAAGAGCAAACCUCAAAAGCCAGAGCUUGGAAAAGGCAAAUGACAGGCCAGUAGAAAGUGAAAUUAAAUGUAAAGCAACCAAGGAAAAGCCCUUAAAUAGUCUUCAAAGUCAGGACCAAGAGACUAUCCAAGAUUUAGUGCCUUCUUGUGGUUUCACAGAAACAGUUACAUCUGAAACCAACAAACGAACUGAAGCUGAUUUAGCGGCUCAGACACAAUCUGAUGAGAGCAAACUUUCUGAAGAGGUUCUUGCUAUUCUGAAUGUUCUACCUGCUGAUGCUGUAGAACUUUUUUCUUCAUCUCAGUGUAAUUGUGAGGAACUCUGCGAAGAGGAGAAGGUACAAAGAAAAAUGGAAUCUCUCAAGGCUAAAGCGGGCAGGUCAGGUGAAUCAAACCUGUAUCUCCCUCUGACCUCAUGCAUCACUGCAGAAACAGAGCUCAAUGACAUCAUAAUGGAUCUGGAGGACUGUAUGAUGGUGGGGCUACAUACAUGUGGUGAUCUUGCUGCAAAUACCCUACGAAUUUUCACUGCCAAGCCUGAAAUCAAAGCAGUGUGCAGCGUAGGCUGCUGCUACCAUCUGUUGUCAGAACAGUUUGAAAACCAAGAAGAAUAUGCAGAGGAAGUGUGGGGAUUUCCCAUGUGUCAAUACUUGAAGGACAAGGGCUGGUGCUGUGGUCGCAAUGCUAGAAUGUCAGCAUGCUUGGCUUUGGAGCGAGUUGCAGUUGGCCAAAUGCUGCCUACAGAAUCGUUGUUUUAUCGAGCUGUACUUCAGGUUAUUAUAGAAGAAAUUUAUGGUGUCACCAAAAGUGAUCGACACGUUGGGAAAAUUUUCUCCAAAUCGUCCUCCUUCAUUGAUUACGUCAGGAAGUCUCUGAAAAAGCUGGAACUGGAUGGUUCAAAGCUCUCAGACAGCUGUAUAAUGGAUUACUAUGAAAAAUACAAGCACAGAAUGAAUGAGCUUGAAGCCUUUAAUAUGCUGAAGGUUGUUCUGGCUCCCUGCAUAGAAGUUUUGAUACUUCUGGAUCGUCUUUGCUACCUCAAGGAGCAGGACAGCAUUGCCUGGUCUGGACUUGUGAAGUUAUUUGAUCCGGUGAAGUCCCCCAGAUGCUAUGCAGUUAUUGCUCUGAAGGAACACUCAUGUUUUUAA